CGUUGGUGAACCACCAGCGGAAACACACGGGCGAGCGACCCUUCAGCUGCCAGGACUGCGGCCGCCGCUUGACGCGUCAUUCCAACCUCAUCGCCCACCAGCGCAUCCACACCGGAGACCUGCCCUACACCUGUCCCGACUGCGGGAAGAGCUACCGCCCCUACAAGUGCCCCGAGUGCCAGAAGAGCUUCACCAACAGCUCGGGGCUGGUACGGCACUGGCGGAUCCACACCGGAGAGCGACCCUACGACUGCUCCCAGUGCGGUUGGCGCUUCAGCGACAGCUCCCAACUGGCGCGGCAUCAGCGGAAACACGCCGUCAAGCACAAGCAUCCCUACCCAACCUGCGGGAAGAGCUUUUCCAACUGUGCCAGCCUCGCCAAACACCGGGCGCGCAGCAGUGAGAAGGAAUACCGCUGCCCCGACUGCGGCCGAGGCUUCAACCAUCGCUCCAACCUCCUG